AAGUUCCUAGAACAGUGCAUCAGACUUUUGUGCUUGAAAGAUACGUGGAGGUUAACAAGAGAACGUUAAACAUUACAUAAAAAACACUACAUCAGGAAAUUGCAACAUGUCGACGGCACGAGGGUUCCGAUCGUGUCAAGCUUAGUGACGGUUCCUUCGGACUGUUCCAAUGACGUCAGCGCAUCACGAUAUGAUGGAGUCCAUCAGAAAAUGGUUUUACAGACCUAAGAGAGACGACACAAGUCUGUUGGCUCAAUUCUUUUAUGCUGAUGAAUCCUUAAAUGCAGUUGCCUGUGAACUAGAUUCCUUCGACGGCCGACAAGAGCCGGAAAGAUGCACAACGCUAGUGAAUCAACUGCGACACUGUCAAGAUAAAGUACUGACGAUUUGUAAUCAAAUCAUGGAUGAUCUGAUUCCUGAAAGUCGUGCUAAUCGGGACUUCAGAGUGAAGUUUCCCGAUGACGUGAUGCAGGAAAAUUUGGCUGGUCAGCUUUGGUUUGGCGCGGAAUGCUUGGCUGCUGGUUCGUCGAUCUUAAAUCGAGAAGACGAAAGCUCGGCUAUGAGACCGUUAGCAAAGGCUCUUACUAAGUCACUAGAGAUUGUCAGGAACUUAUUGAGAGAGCACGCGCUCAAAGGUCACAUGAACUUGAAGGUAUUAUAUACACAAAAUCCGCUUGAACCAUCCUUGGAGAAGCUCAUUGAAUCUUUGAAAAUUUUCGAUCGACUCUUUGCUGAUUUUGAACUAUGUUAUGUGGGCGCUAUGGUUCCGGUGAAGUCGACGAAGGAGUAUGAGCAGCAGGAACUCGUGUGCGUGCUGUUUUCUGAGACUUUACAAAGAGCGCUUAAACGUGGGCUGCUGAAUCAAAUAGAUGUAGAUAAUUAUGAACCGGCUUUAAUGUUUACUAUUCCUCGGCUGGCUAUUGUUUCGGGACUUUUGGCACCGCCAGGAGGGCCGUUGUGUCUCAACUCUCCUGAUACUAUUAGCGAGAUGUUUAAACCAUUUAGGACUCUUCUCCUCAAGAUAAGAGAAUUAUUAUGGACCUUAAACAAUCACGAGUUGUACAUAUUAGAAAAGUUAUUAUGUUCGAACGAAGAACUGUCAGGCUCAAUUACGCAAUCAACGAAAUCAUCGUGUCAGGACAUACCUGAUAUGGAAGAGUAUGUUCAUAAUUUUUAUACUGGUUAUCCGAACUGCAAGGAAUUCAUUGUUGACUUCUACACUGUGAUACGAAACACGGGUAGCAAUAUGGAAGAGGUAGCGAGCGAUGCAGUUCAGUCUUUGGACGAAUGUAGCAAAAGUGAUCAGCUAUCAAGUAAAAAGUAUGAGAAGACUACAGAAGAAUAUAGUAAGAAAACAAAUGACAUGGAGACUGAGUCCAAAGAUUUAACUAUAUCUUCGGACAGGUAUGAUAUCGCAAUGUGCGAAGAUUACGACACAACGCAGCAGCUAAGUGAUGGAGAAAGUGUCAGUGAACAAGUGCAAUGUGAACAAGAAUCGUCUAACGCCUCGCGUAACAGUAGACAUUUUUCUAAUGAUUGUGAUUUUAUUUCUAAUGACAACACCAAUGAGAAUUUUGACUCAAUAAUGCAGACUGCAGAUAUAAAAUCGGAUAUAGCAGGAAGCAGCGGCAUUUUGAACAUAGAAGAUGAGCAAAAUGAAGAAAACUUUAUUACUCCCGAGAUGACGCAAAUGCUUAAAGCAUGUCCUCAUACAAAGAUUCGAUUUCGAUACCUGCUUAAUCAAGUGACUCAUGAAAUUGUACAUGGCGAAACUGGACGUAUCUCUGAAAAUUCUUUGUCCGAUUUGGAUUCAGAGAAACUUAUCUCGGAAGCAAAUAAGAGUCUUUCGAAUCUUCUGCUGGAAUCUAGUCAGUGUCAGAAUGAAAAUUCGGAGCAAUCAGACUCUGGCAUAUGCACAGUAAUAUCGUCCGAAAACACUAGCUUGUAUGACAAAAGUCCGGAAGAAAAGAAGACCUUCGCCAACGAAAUUCAGCAGGAGGAACGCUGUGCUUCGGAUGAAGAAAGCAGACACGAGAACACCAGUUAUUCUUGUUCUAAUAUGAACUCACCGAAGAAACAAAAUUCUGCUAUCACGGAGAACACGUGUGUUUGUAGCACAAGGAGCAUCAACAAAGCAAUUGUGCCUACUUUAGAACACACCAUCGAAAUGCCUGAUUUACAAUCGAAUAGCGAAGAAUCCACCAGCAAAAAUAUUACACAAAUAUCGUCAAACUUUGAUGGCACUAACGAAGAAUUUAUUGGUGUGACAUAUGGAAAUGGCCAGUUAACAAUUUGUGAUUCUAUUCAGUCAACCUUUCAGAUUAACUAUUCCGAGAACUGGGAAAAUCUAAAUUUGAAUAUCGAUGCUUCGAGUUCAAGAAAAGAAUUUUGGAGCGAUUUAAAGUGCGAGAAUUGCCCAUCUACUUCGCAGAGUAUCGAUAAAAUAGGAAAUAAAAGGGAGCAGUGCAUGCAAGAUAAAAUGACAGCAAAAAGAACAAAAGACGAAAAACAGCGAAAACAUCAUGAUCACAAAUUAGACCGAAAUACCCAUAAAAAUCAUCAAAGUAAAGGUGAAAAAAAGCAGAGUCUACAUACUAUGGAAUCAACCAUCAGUAUAGAUAAUUCAAGAUCGAAUUCUACGGAUCGAUAUUUAAAUUCUCGUCUGACCAACAUAGGCGGCGGUUUACAUUUCGGCCAAAAUACUAGACAGAUGCCGACUUUUGGUAGUUACAGCCCUCACAUGAGUCCAAGACUGCAUCAUUUUAAAACACGUAGCGCAUCAGGUUCGGGACAACACUAUUCUAAUGUUGGCACACCUUAUGCCAAAAAAAAUUUGUCGCCACAGAGCAGAAAAUUGUUAGAUCACAGAAGAUCCAGAUCCGAGCAGAUCGCCAAAAUCAAGAGAAAAGAUAUCGGAAAGCGGGAAAGGUACGAACGAGACAAAUACAAGCGUUCUGACCAAACUAGGAGAAAGAUAAGUAAUGAAAGUUCUGCUGGUCUGAUAAACGAUGGAUUGGGUCCAAGAACAGACGUGAGCGGUCUCGCAAUAGAAGCUUCUGUAAUCACGACAAAAAAUAAUCAUGAAGUUAAAAGCACGAAAGACAAUAAUUCGCAAAGAUCCACUCGAGCGAUGAAAUUAAUCAACGCGUCGACGGUAUCCGGCAUGACAUGUAUGAACUCUGAUCAAUCGGUAGUUUAUAAAUCUGAUGUAACUCCAAGUUCCAGUUGCUCCAGCUGCUGCGAUUCGAGUUCAGAAACUAGUGAAUUUCACAGCGAUUGUCAGGACGACGAAGAGAUCGCGUUAGCGAUGCAAGCUGCCGAAAUCGCAAAUAGAAAUCAGAUCAGAGCCAAAUUUCGGUCAUCAGAAGAUUUAGUCCAUCGUCUCUUCGUUUGUAUAGCGGGCGUGGCGGAUCAAUUACAAACAAAUUUUGCAUCGGAUUUAAGAAAUAUUUUGAAAUGCGUUUUUCUUAUGAACAGUAGUCAAGUAAUAGAAGAUGCCGAAGGAUCAAAAAAUGACAAUUCAGCCUCCAAAAUUCAGUCAACAGAUGAUACGGUGGAGACAAGAAAUAUUAACGAGCAACAAGAGCCAUCGCCAGAAUAUGAAACAAACAUAGAGGAAUCUACUUUAACACAUGACCGAACUUCCCUUGUUACUGAAAGAGGAGAGGAAUGCGUCGAAAGAGCACCUGCUUGGGUGCCAGAUAAUAAUGCACCAAGAUGUAUGGCUUGUCAGGCGGGAUUUACAGUUGUGCGGCGUAGGCAUCAUUGCCGAAACUGUGGUAAAGUGUUCUGCGGUCGUUGCAGCAGCAACAACGUUCCACUGCCUCGUUAUGGACACACAAAACCUGUCAGAGUGUGCAACAGGUGUUUCCUAUUCCAGGUGACGCCCUUUACGGUCUCUCAAGUCACAUCUACUAGCUGAAUAUUUGUAAAGUGGCUUAUUAAUUCGAGUAUUUUCUAUUUGAUUCUCUAUGUGCUGUAUCUUCUUUCAGUGUGCAAUGUACUCGCGCAAAUUUGAUAAGUUUUUCGUAAUAAAUUAUUAUUCUUAUAAUAGAGAAAAAAUAUUUCAAAGUUCUAGAUAGUAACACUAAAAAGAACAUAUUGUGUAACUAUGGCAAAUUUGUGGUGUGGUUCUCCUUUAUAUAUUCACCGUGUACAGUUUCA